CUUCUGGCUCCCUUCCAGGUGCCUCCUCCCACUCCAUGAAGUAUUUCUACACCUCCAUCUCGGACCCCAGUCAGGGGCAGCAGCCCCACUUUGUCGCUGUGGGGUAUGUGGAUGAUCAGGUCUUCGUUCACUAUGACAGCCACAGCCGGAAGAUGCAGCCUCGAGUCUCCUGGAUGGAGAAGGUGGGGAAGGAGGAUCCCCAGUACUGGGACAGAGAGACACAGAAUCAACGUGGCUCUGAGGAGACGUUCAGAGAAGGCCUGGAGAUUCUGAGGAUUCGCUACAAUCAGAGCGAAGGUCUUCACACGUUGCAGAACAUGUAUGGCUGUGAGCUCCAAAGAGAUGGGAGCAAAAGAGGGUUCGACCAAUAUGGCUACGAAGGGAGGACCUUCCUCACCUUCGACAAGGAGACCCUCACCUGGGUGGCUCCCGUUCCCCAGGCCCAGAUCACCCAGAGGAAAUGGGACGCUCUUCCAGAAUGGAAUCAGGGAAAUAAGGCCUACCUGGAGGAGGAAUGCAUUGAGUGGCUGGAGAAGUACCUGUCCUACGGGAAUGAGACUCUGCUGAGGACAGAGACCCCAAAGGUGACGGUGAGCAGCCGGACGGAGGUAGAAGAUGGGAUGGAGACGCACAUCUGCCGUGUGGAUGGCUUCUACCCCAGGGACAUCGAUGCCUCCUGGAGGAGGGAUGGGGAGGAAUGGCUGGAAGAGACCUUCCAUGGGUCUGCGGCCCCCAACGCGGAUGGGACCUACCACUACUGGCUCAGCAUCCGGAUCGACCCCAAAGAGAGGAGCCGCUAUCGGUGCCACGUGGAGCACGACAGCCUGCAGGAGCCUCUGGACUUGGAGCUGAAGGGUGAGAGGCUGCAGGGAGGGGAAGGCUGGGCUCUCUGGCAGGCUGGAGGGUGGUGGGAGAGAAAUCUGAGCCCAGCUGUGUCCAGAUGUGAGCAUAGCUGAGCUUUCAUCCAUUGGUCCUUCCAGUGUUUGAGGCUGGAGAAGCUGCAGGGACCAGACCGUAGAACUGACUUCGGGUGAUGGAAAGGACAGAAUCCCAUCGCAAUCCUUGGCCGAUCCUGAUGAAAUUCCCUCAGAUCCUCUCUUAGGCCUUCCCUGUUUCUUUUCUCCAGCAGAAGAGCAGAAAUUACGUUGAGUCCCAGAAACAGAUUUCCUUUUGUUUCCAAUCCCUAGAAAGAACCAGAAUCAGGAGCCCCUUUUCUGAAGGGAGAUUCGGACUAAAAUGGAUGAAGUGCAGCUGCCUUCAGGAAAGGCCGGGAGAGGCUGGACUGAGGCAUCCGGAGUCAGAAAAGAGGCUCCCGAGUCUGAGUUUUUCCCCAUCAGAGACUCACUUUGUUUUCCUGCUUUAAAAGUCAAAAGGUCACUCUGGGUUGCUGCUCUAAGAAAGAAGUUGCAGAUUAUUUUAUGAUAUAUGAAUUCCUGAGGCGCACCAUAAACCCCAAGGGAAAAAGCCUUUUCUCAAAGAACUCUGCAUAUGCUCAGAAGUGUCCUUCACGUAUUUUUACACUGGACUUCCAAAGUUAGAAAAUCUUUGAUUGAUGACUGUCAUCACAAUACAAGAAAUAUUCAAAUGUAAUAGUUGUCUCAACCAAAAUAUUCCUUUGGUUUUUGUUGUUGUUUAUAGCAAGCAUCCAUUCACAAGUGACAAGGUUGCUAUUCAAUGGGAACCCUGAG